AUGUUCCAGCCGUUCUUCACCGAGCGGGUGUUCCAAAUAUUCGACAAUGACAACUCGAGGUCUAUCUCGUUGCCCGAGUUCCUGGACGCGAUGCACCAGUUUUCCGGAAAAUCACCCGACGACAAGAUCAAGUUCCUGUUCAAAGUGUACGACAUCGACGGUGACGGACUGAUCCAGCCCAGCGAGCUUCAGCACGUGAUGCGGGCCUGCAUGGAGGAGAACGGGAUGCAGUUCUCCGAGGAGCAGGUGGCCGACCUCACCAUGGCGCUGUUCGAGGACGCGGACCCCGGCGGCCGGGGCGCCAUCACCUACGAGGCCCUCAAGAACCAGCUGGAGAAGCACGGCGGGCUUCUGGAGAACCUGUCCAUCAGGAGACAAGAAUUAGAAAACUCCCUACUCAAGAAAGCUAGGUUAUUGGAAAAGGCCGGUCCUGAGGAGCAAGAUGUUUUCUUCAACGCCGUUGGAGAUAUUGAUAUCACCCAACCACCACCUUUAGCGCCUGGAGCAGCUGCGCAACUUCUCUAA